AUGAAUGUAUAUCGGCCGAGUAGUCGUAUCACCACCAUCACCGCCAUCACUCAGCUAAAUGAUGACAAGAGGACAGCGACGUAUCGAUCGCGUAUGUGUCUGUCUCUGUCUGCGUGUAUGUAUGUAUGUGAAACUCAGCUGGCAUGUAUGUUAACUCCAUUGAUUUCAUAUUUGUGUAUAACAAUGCAAACAGAUGAUCAUUCCGGUUCCAUGCCGGAUAUUGAUUGCACCAUGUCACCAGUAACAGCAACAGCAACUGUAGUGGUAGCACCACAAGCAUCCGGAACUUGUAACAGUAUGGAAGCGAAUUUUACGACUGGUAUGCUUUAA